CAUGAUGGCUUUUCUUCCGUCCUGGGUUUGUGUACUUGUGGGCUGCUUUUCUGCUUCUUUAGCAGGGGCUUCCAGUCUCUCUGAUAUGGAGCCCCCUCUGUGGAAGGAGAGUCCUGGUCAGUUCAGUGACUAUAAGAAAGAGAAUGAAAUGUAUGUUAUUAAUCCCUGGGUAUACACUGAGAGACUGGGGAUGUAUAAGAUCCUAUUGAAUGAGACAGCCAGGUAUUUUGCAAAAUUUGCACCAGAAAAUGAGCAAAAUAUUUUAUGGGGAUUGCCUCUGCAGCAUGGCUGGCAAUAUAAGACAGGCAGAUUAGCUGAUCCAACUGGAAGGACCAACUGUGGUUAUGAAUCUGGAGAUGAAUUGUGCAUUUCUGUGGACAGUUGGUGGGCUGAUUUAAAUUAUUUUCUGUCGUCAUUACCCUUCCUGGCUGCAGUUGAUUCUGGCAUAACAGAAAUAUCAGCAGAUCAAGUUGUGCUUUUGCCACCACUUAAGGAUCAAACGAAGUUUUGUUAUAGUGUUUCUAGCUGUGGUUCAUCCUUUCGUGAGACAAUGAACAAGUGGAAUGCCUUUUACCAGCUUUUGCAGUCACCGCUUAGUAACUUUGAUGACCUAUUGAAGUCCUUGUGGGUUGCACAUACCUCAACCUUGAAAGAUACUAUCAAAAGUUUUGAAGACAGAUAUGACUAUUAUUCUAAAACAGAAGCAUCUUUUGAGAGAAAUUGGGUUUUGGCUGUGAGACAUUUAGCUGCAGUCCUCUUUCCUACAACAUUGAUUACAUCGUAUAAAUUCCAGAAGGGGCUGCCACCACGAAUGCUUGCUUCUAAUGACACAGCGCCUUUCAUCAAUGACUUUACUACCUUUCAGAAUGUAGUCCUGCUUAUUUUAAAUAUGCUUGGAAAUGUGGUGUAA